AUGGCUCUGUUCACGCACUCGGACUUCCCUGGACUCAAACCGAACCCGACCAAGGACCAGCUGGACCUCAAGAUGAUCUAUGGAGAAGAAACAUGCAAAGUAGAGGAGGAGGGGGGCUGUCCUGGGGCCUCUCAGGAGCCCAUGGUGCUUCUGGACGGACAGAGGAAGAGGAAGAGGACCAUCUUCAGCAGAGCCCAGCUGUCUGAACUGGAGCAGGCGUUCGCUGUGACGCCGUACCCGGAUAUCACACUGAGGGAGCGACUGGCGGCUCACACACACCUGCCCGAGAGCAAGAUACAGGUCUGGUUUCAAAACAGAAGAGCUCGGAGUAUAAAAACUGGCCGCUUGUAUAAGUCCACCAAGUCCCUUCAGGGAGGAGGCAGGGGUCCCGUUAUGGAGAACUGCCCCAUGCCAGCCACGUUCUCUUCUUCUACCUCCUUCUCCGACAUUCUGAGACCGGACCAAACCUACAACUGCGACGAAGUACCCCAGAUAUACUCCGACUGGAUACAUGUACACAACAACACGAUAUCCUCUCCUCCGUCUUACCACCAGCAUCAGCCCCAGCCCUCUCUGAGCAACCCCAAAAACGACUGUCGAUUCUGGGAUGAAGAACACCAACAAAGGUCUAGCAUGGGACCCCAGAUUUCAGCAUUUUUGCCCAAUUCGUUCGCUCAAACCAUAAGACCGAACCACCAUCCCGCAACUUCUAACAGACAAUAUCCGAGCUUCAGAAAGCCUCAUAAUCUGGUGCAUAACGGGGUGUCUUACGGAGCGAUAGGCGGCGGAGGGGGUGCGGGGGUGGACCAAGUCGUACCCACGCACCCGCAGACCGUUUUUUGGGACCAGGGACCUCACCCGUACAAUCACCAUCCGCAAAUGGGACCCCCCACGUCAAUGGGGUACAUCUCAGAUCUGAUUUACAACGCGGCGAUUGUCACGAACUUCCUGGAGUUUUAA